AUGUUGGCAUCUGCUUCCCGUUCCUUGGUGGUCCUGGAGUGCGAUGGUUCCGAUGGAUCGAGCAGCCCACAAGUAGGCGACGAGCCGACGGGGCCCAUAGUCCACUCGGAGCUGGCCUUGGAGGGCGUCGCCAAAGGCCUGGCCUGGGACACCGUGGGAAAGCGCGUGGUGGUCGCCGUGGCCGGCGUGGGCACUGGCGCGGGCACCGAAGCGGACCGGCUCUGCCUCUGCGAGACCCUAGGAGACGAGUCGCUGGUGGAGUACGUCUCCCUCCCUGCGGGGGCAGAAGCGACGGGCUUGAGCUUCUACGCAGAGGAGAAGCGGAAGGCUUGGGUGGCCGUGUCCUGCACGGAUGGCGCCGUGAGGCUCAUCGACGCAA